UCAAAGAUCUUUUAGAAACACAUAUUCCUCUAGCGGUCGAUUAGGACGUGGGCAUAAGGGUCUUUAUGACACAAUCAAUAAUUCGAUUCAUUUUCAAUUAGGUCUUGCUCUAGCCUCUUUAGGGGUUAUUACUUCCUUAGUAGCUCAACACAUGUACUCUUUACCUGCUUAUGCAUUCAUAGCACAAGAUUUUACUACUCAUCACCAAUACAUCGCAGGGUUCAUCAUGACAGGAGCCUUUGCUCAUGGAGCUAUAUUCUUCAUUAGAGAUUACAAUCCGGAACAGAAUGAGGAUAAUGUAUUGGCAAGAAUGUUAGACCAUAAAGAAGCUAUCAAAUCUCAUUUAAGUUGGGCCAGCCUCUUUCUCGGGUUCCAUACCUUGGGCCUUUAUGUUCAUAACGACGUCAUGCUCGCUUUUGGUACUCCGGAAAAACAAAUCUUGAUCGAACCCAUAUUUGCCCAAUGGAUACAAUCCGCUCAUGGUAAGACUUCAUAUGGGUUCGAUGUACUCUUAUCUUCAACGAAUGGUCCAGCAUUCAAUGCUGGUCAAAGCAUAUGGUUACCUGGCUGGUUGAAUGCUGUUAAUGAGAAUAGUAAUUCACUCUUCUUAACAAUAGGUCCUGGAGAUUUCUUGGUUCAUCAUGCUAUUGCUCUAGGUUUGCAUACAACUACGUUGAUUUUAGUAAAAGGUGCUUUAGAUGCACGUGGUUCCAAGUUAAUGCCAGAUAAAAAGGAUUUCGGUUAUAGUUUUCCUUGCGACGGCCCAGGGCGCGGCGGUACUUGUGAUAUUUCUGCUUGGGACGCAUUUUAUUUGGCAGUUUUCUGGAUGUUAAAUACCAUUGGAUGGGUUACUUUUUAUUGGCAUUGGAAACACAUCACAUUAUGGCAGGGUAACGUUUCACAAUUUAAUGAAUCCUCCACUUAUUUGAUGGGAUGGUUAAGAGAUUAUCUAUGGUUAAACUCUUCACAACUUAUCAAUGGAUAUAACCCUUUUGGUAUGAAUAGUUUAUCGGUAUGGGCAUGGAUGUUCUUAUUUGGACAUCUUGUUUGGGCUAUUGGAUUUAUGUUCUUAAUUUCCUGGCGUGGAUAUUGGCAGGAAUUGAUUGAAACUUUAGCAUGGGCUCAUGAACGCACACCUUUGGCUAAUUUAAUUCGAUGGAGAGAUAAGCCAGUGGCUCUUUCCAUUGUGCAAGCAAGAUUGGUUGGAUUAGCCCACUUUUCCGUAGGUUAUAUAUCUACUGCAUGUAGUAGAAACUUUUGA